UUUGUACAAGUGUGCUUGCUGAAGUUCAAACAAUUCGCUUAUCCGCAAAAUUUCGCUCCGCGAUUUUUUCAACAAAGAAAAAAAAUUUUAAUAAAUAAAUAAAAUAAAAACUCAUUAAAAAAUAUAAACAUCAUUUUUACACUAAACCUUCAGCAAGUACCCUAUUCAACUAAAUAAAAAAAAAAACAAAAACAAACUAACCCUUUUUUUAAAAUUAUAAUACAUAUACACAGAAAAAUUAAAUCGAAAAUAAUUUUCCGUGUUGCGUCGCACUCUUCUUACACCCCUCGAACCAAACUUCUCUAACCAAGGAACAAGAAAGAAGAAAAAUCAAUCGAAACCGAAAAAAACUACCACGAUCGCCCAUUUUUCCCCGAACACAAGACCGAAGCAGAACGGACAUUUAAAAAUCCUCUCAGUGCGUGUGAAGUGUAAAAAUUUCCAAAAAAAUAUAAAAUUUAUAAAUAAUUGUUAUUUUACUCUUCUUUUUCUACUACAAUUUCUACUUUGUGUGUUCAUUUUUUAAUUAAUUUACUUGCGUUUUUCCAUUUUUGCAUUCAACAAAAAAGUAUUUUAGCUGAAAAAGAAAUUCUCAUUAAUUUGCAAUUUUUUUUUCGGUGCGAGACGAAAAAAAGAAAAGAGAAAAAAAAUAUAUCGAAAAGGGAAGUUUAUUUUAUUAAUUCCCAAUUUGUUUCGUUCUUUUUUUUUUUUUGAUAUCACAAUAGAGUGAGACAGCAGGAGAAAUAAAGUGUGUUGAAGAGAGUUGAGAAGAAUAUUCAUAACCACAUCCUUGGAUCUGUUUCUGUCGUUGCGUUCCGUUCGGUGUCGUUCACGUUUCUCCUCGUUUUUUUUUGUCGGACGACGACAACGAAGAGACUUGGAAACGCAUUUUUUUAGUGUGUGUUUUUACGGGAUUUUUUUUUUACAUUUUUUCUCGCUUGUAACCGGUUAAUUAAAAUCAGUCAAAAUUGAAUCGACAAAGAUCGACGAGACUUUUUCUUCUACCGCCAUGGAAGAUAAAGCGACCACAAAAGACCUGGAUCAAUGGAUUGAGCAGCUGAACGAAUGUAAUCAGUUGACAGAGACACAGGUGAAAACUCUGUGUGAUAAGGCAAAGGAAAUCCUCUCGAAAGAGUCAAAUGUUCAAGAGGUCAAAUGUCCAGUCACAGUGUGCGGCGAUGUGCAUGGACAAUUCCAUGAUCUUAUGGAACUCUUUCGGAUAGGCGGUAAAUCGCCCGAUACAAAUUAUUUAUUUAUGGGCGAUUAUGUCGAUCGUGGUUAUUAUUCGGUUGAGACAGUAACGCUAUUGGUUGCCCUUAAGGUACGCUAUCGUGAGAGAAUCACAAUUUUGCGUGGCAACCAUGAAUCGCGACAGAUUACUCAAGUCUAUGGAUUUUAUGAUGAGUGUCUGCGUAAAUAUGGCAAUGCUAAUGUAUGGAAAUACUUUACCGAUUUAUUUGAUUACCUACCUUUGACUGCAUUGGUUGAUGGACAAAUCUUCUGCUUGCAUGGUGGAUUGAGUCCAUCGAUUGAUAGUUUGGAUCAUAUCCGCGCAUUAGAUCGCCUGCAAGAAGUACCACACGAAGGUCCAAUGUGCGAUCUACUUUGGUCUGAUCCAGAUGAUAGGGGUGGCUGGGGCAUUUCACCACGUGGUGCUGGAUACACAUUUGGUCAAGAUAUUUCGGAAACAUUUAACAACACAAAUGGUCUUACAUUGGUCUCACGUGCCCAUCAAUUGGUGAUGGAGGGCUACAAUUGGUGUCACGAUCGUAAUGUUGUCACAAUCUUCUCAGCGCCAAAUUAUUGUUACCGUUGCGGUAAUCAAGCGGCUCUAAUGGAAUUAGACGAUUCACUUAAAUUUUCAUUCCUACAAUUCGACCCAGCACCAAGACGUGGAGAACCGCAUGUUACACGAAGAACUCCCGACUAUUUCCUUUAAGAGAAUUAAUAAAAUAAUAAUAAAAUUUAAACAAAAAAAUAAUAAAAAA